AUGCUAGUUCUCAGGUUGCUCAAUGUUGUUGCUCCAGCCUACUUCUUGUGCAUCUCCCUAGUGACCUUCGUCCUCCAGAUCUUUCUCUUCAUCCCCAGCAUGUUCAGAGACCCUUCCACCACCCCACUUUUCUCUCCUGCUCUGCUGCAUGGGGCCCUCUUCCUCUUCCUCUCAGCUAAUGCCCUGGGCAACUACGUCCUCGUGAUCCAGAGCUCCCCCGAGGACUCGGGCAAGGGCUUAAACUUGGGCGAAGGAGCCGAAGUGGUGGCGGACUGGCUGGAUGGAGGCAGGUCCCCUGGCUCAGCCCUGCCCAGCACUCACUUCUGUAGACUGUGUGCCAGAGUCACCCAGAGGCAUGACCACCACUGUUUCUUCACAGGGAACUGCAUCGGGAGCAGGAACAUGCGGAACUUCAUCAUGUUCUGCCUCUACACCUCCCUGGCUUGCCUCGACUCCCUAGUGGCAGGCAUGGCUUACAUUUCUGCGGCACUCUCCAUGUCCUUCGCAAGCCCGCUGGCCUUCCUCACCCUCCUGCCUCACUCCAUCAGCCAGUUCUUCUCAGGAGCUCUCCUCAGCUCUGAGAUGUUUGUCAUCCUCAUGCUCUACCUCUGGCUCGGGAUCGGACUGGCCUGCGCUGGCUUCUGCUGCCACCAGAUGCUGCUGAUCUUACGCGGGCAGACACGGUACCAGGUGCGGAAAGGGAUGGUGGUGAGAGCCCAGCCCUGGAGGGAGAACCUGCGGGAGGUCUUUGGCAAGAGGUGGCUGCUAGGACUUCUCAUCCCUGUGCUGAAUGUGGGAAGCGACUACCGUAGGCAGAAAGGGAAAUAACCCUGCACGCGCGCACCCCAUGCAGGCAACACCUCCCCUGCUCUCCCCCUGCCUGUGGGAUUGCCGAGGAGCUGGGCCACUCCAUCCCUCAGCGCCGUGGCCUUCGUGGGAGGAAGGGGCUGGCAAUCAGGCAGAAUCAGCUC